GACAAAAGUGGGCGGGUGGAAGUUUCUUCACAAAAUAUCAACAUACCGUUAAAUUUAACAAAAUAUUGUUAUCUGUAAAGUAUCUAAGAUUGAUGGAUACCUGCACAACUUAAUUUUCUUCGUAUGGUUUAUAUCAUAAUAAACUUAGUCUCAACAUUUCUACCUUCACAAUAACACUUCUUUUUCUGGUGAUUAAUUAAACUCGUAAUUUUUCAUGGCUGGAAUGCAGAAAUUAAAAACUGAAGAAGCGACUGCUUCUUCCACGGUUGUUAUAGAAUCAGAUGAUAACGAGGCUACUGCUUCUCUUCAAAGUGUGAAAGUGAAAUUGAAAAAACCCAAAAAGAAAAAGAAGGUUGGUUGGACAGCAGACACUGUGGAUAAUGAAAACAUGAAUAAAAAGAAAUCAAAGUGUUGUUGCAUAUAUGAGAAGCCUCGGAAAUUUGACGAAAGCUCUUCUGAAACAGAUGACGAGUGUGAGCAUUGCAAAGGCCACGUUGAACGUAAGCAUCAACAAGCAUCAGCAAGUGUAACUUCUGUUGAAGAAAAUCAUACAAAUGAUCCUGAAAAUAAGUGAAGACCAAAACCAUUUCAAAUUAGGACUCAGUGUUUUGUGUAUAUAAAUAUUUAUGUGUCUGUACAUACUUGUUCAUUGACAAAUUCACUAAAUUUGUUGUUGUUGGCAUAAAAGAAUUAAGAUUCAUUUAGAUUUUCUGCUGUGUACAUAGUUUUAGAAUUCAUGUGAUUCAACUCCCUUAUAUAUGCAUGCACGUUUGAUGAAAAAAAAUUUCACAAUCAUAAUGUUAAUUAAAGUUUUAUGAUGUAUGAAA